AAUAAUAAACACAACAACAAUUAUAUAGUUAUAACUAUUGUAAUAUUAGUUUAGAUAUUUUGUGUGUGUUUUUUGUAGUUUUUUUUGUUUUUUAAUUUCAUUUUUUUUUUUUAGUUUUAUUAAUAAUAUCAUUUUAUUUUAAAAAUAAUUUUUUAUUUUUUAUUUUUGUUAAUAAAAAAAAAUUAUUAAAUAAUAAAAUAAUAGAUAAUUUUUUUGUGUGUAUGAUUUAAUGAUAUUUUUCAUUUCAUCUAAAAAAAAUUAUUUAUAGUAACAUUACAUAAUAUAUCAAUAUUUGUAUUAUUUUUUUAAAAAAAAAUAAACUAAAAAUAAAAUAAUAAAAAAAUAAAAAAAUAAAAAAAAUAGUAAUAAUAAAAAUAACUUUAUUUCAUUAUUUAUAAAAUAAUAAUAAUUCUGUAAUAAUAGUAAAAAUUAUUUAAUUUUUUUUUUUUAAAUAAUAUCAUAAUUUUUUUUUAGUAUCUAAACUAGGAAAAAAAUAAUUGAUUAAAAAAAAAAAAUAAUUUAAAUUAAACAAGAAUUUUUAUCAAACAUAAAUUAGUUUUACAUUAUAUAUCAAUAAUAUUAAUAUUAUUGGUAGUUUCAAAAGUGGCUUCAUUUUUAUCAUUUUUCUCAAACUCCUUGGGUGGAGCAUUCAAAAGAAAUAACAACGAUAAUAAUAAUAAUAAUAACAAUAGCAACAACAAUAAUAUUAAUUUAAAUAAUCAUAAAAGAUCACAUUUAAGCAAAAGUACAGAUAGUACAUCAUUAAAAAAAUCAAAAAAUAUGUUUAAAUAUAAUCAACUAAAAGAUAAUUUCAUUUCAGUAAGCAAUGAUGAAGCCGGAUAUUUUAAUGGUAAAGAUGUAUUUGGAAAUAGAAUCGAAAUAAACUCUGCCAGUGGUUCAGACAGCGACUUUGACGAUUUUAAUGAUUCUGAAGAUGAUGAAAUGGAUAUUUGCAGCAGUGGCACUAAAAUUCAAAAUUUACAUUUAUCAAGAUUCCAAAAUAACAACCUCGUCAAUUCUGAUAAUUUCUUUAGAAGACAAAGACAAUUUAUUUAUUUACCACAAUUCCCAGAAGAAAUCAUAGCUAAAAUAUUUUCAUUCCUUACUGCAAAUGAUUUGGUUUCAAUUUCAUUAACAUGUAAUUCUUAUCAUAAAAUUGCAAACGAUAGAACUUUAUGGAGGGAUCUCUGUUUUAAUUCAACUUGGACCAUUUCAAACCUAUAUCACCCAACAUUUGAUUAUAAAAAUUAUUAUUAUGAGAAACAUGCUAUUACAUCGCCAAAUUGCGCUAAAUGGGUAUCACCAAAAUUCUUUGGAACAUUACCAAGCAAAAGAUUUAAACAUACUGCAACUUAUGUUAAUGGAAAGGUUUUAUUUAUUGGUGGUCAAGAAUCAGAUCAAAAAAGAUUCAAUGAUGUAAUUAGCUAUGACACAAAAACCCAAACUUUUACAGAAAUUCAUACAAAGGGUGAUACUGUACCAAAAUUCUCUAGACAUUCCGCAUCUGCAAUUGGUGAAAAGGUUUAUGUAUUUGGUGGUUUUGAUGGCUUUGGUACCAACUUUAAUUUAGCAAUUUACAAUACUGAAACUAGAGUUUGGACCAACAUCCCAAAUCAUUUCCUCAAAGGAUCGCCCCCAGUAAGCCGUACUAAUCACUCUUCAGCAGUCGUUGGUAAAAAUGUAUAUAUAUUUGGUGGUAAUAAUAACGAUGAAAAUGGUGUAUAUCAAGUAUUAGACGAUUUACAUAUUUUAAAUACAGAAACUCUUACCUGGACCAAGCCAGAAAUCAAAGGUGAUACACCUUGCGCACGUAGUGGACAUUGUAUGACUUCUAUUGGAAACAAACUUUAUCUCUUUGGUGGUGGUGUCUGGAAUCAUUCAAAUGGUUGGGUCGAGAAAUUCAAUGAUAUUCAUAUCUUUGAUACCGAAACCCUUACCUGGAGCAAACCAGAAGUCAAGGGUGAAGUACAAACAAGUACUUUUGCCAUUGCUUUUAGUGUUGGUCGUUAUUUAUUUAUCUUUGGAGGUGGUAGUAAACCUAAACAUUGUGUUACAAAUGAUAUAUAUGUUUUAGAUACUGAAACCAAUUACUGGUCAAUACCCACAAUCCAAGAACCACGUCCACCAGCCAGAGAUAUGGGUACUGCUUGUGUUGCUGAUGGUGAUGUUUAUUUUAUGGGUGGUUAUGAUGGCGCUCCAAUCAAUUAUUUUAAUAAAUUAAAAUUCAAUUUUAAAGUUUUAUCAAAUUUAGCCUCCCAAAAAAAACAAAUACCACCACAAUUUAACUACUCUCAACAAUAUCAAACUAAUCAAAAUAAAAAAUUUUUACUAUAAAUUAUAUAAAUAAUAAAUAAAAAUACCAAAAAAAAAAAAAAAAAAAAGAAAAUAUUUAUUUUUUAGAAAUGAAUAUAUAAUCUAUAGUUAUUUAUAUUUAGAAAU